AUGACGACACUCCUCGUCAUAGGGCUGUUUGGCACCGGCAAUAUUGUGAUAUGUACUCCUGACACAACAGAGGUUUACUGUAUAUGCAAUGAAAUGACGUACAGUUCAUUUGAUGCAUAUGAAACUAACUAUGGUACUGUUAUGGAUGAUGUGUGUGCUUACACACCAAUGAAUGGUUUCAAUUACUACACUAGCUGCUUCGACUGUCACGGCCAUGGAGUGUGUAACGGGGCAUUGACACAAUCUGAUUGCAAUGAGUGCUUGAAGGAAGCUAGAGAUCAUCUGUUCAACGAAUGCCGUCUGAGAGUAGGUGCUCAAGUUCAACUUAAGGAUUGUAGAAUUAGAUAUGAAAAUUAUGAAUUCAGCGAGUAA